AUGGAGGAGGAAGAAACUGUAGCGGAGUUCCAUGCCAAAUUGUGCGAUAUCUCAAAUGAAUCUUAUGCACUUGGAAAGACUUAUUCAAAUGCAAAACUGGUUUGCAAGGUUCUUGGAGUUCUGCCUCAGAAGUUCAUGUCAAAGGUUACCUCUAUCGAAGAAAUGAGAAAUGUCGAGGAACUUGAUCUUGAUGAGUUAAUUGGGUCACUGCAGAACUAUGAAAUGAGUCUCACUCGGUGGAAGAAAGGCAACAAGCAAAAAGAUCCUGAAAAAGAAAAAGCUGAUAAUAGUCUUGCAUUUGUGCAUAAAGAGGAAAAGAAGUUGAUCUCAGAUGCAUCUGAGGGUUUCACUGAUGAGACUUUAGCGCUGCUGACCAAGAAUUAUGCAAAGUUCUUGAAGAAGAAUUACAAGAAAAACUUUCCAGGAGGAAAAGAGAAUGGUCUCAGAAGAAACUUUGGUGGAAACAAUAAGCAAACUCAGCAAUUUGGCGACAAGAAAAACAGGGGCAUACAGUGCCAAGAAUGUGACGGAUUUGGACAUAUUCAAGUUGAGUGUGCCAACACUCUUAAGAAGAAGAAAGCCUUAGCAGCUACAUGGAGUGAUAGUGAUGAAGAAAAGAGCUCCACUUCAAGUGACAAGUGUGAUGAAGAGAAACAGGUGGUGGCUUUUGUGGCAAAGAGUCAUCAAUCAAUGUGUUCAGAGGAAGAUGAAAACUCAAGCUCAACAGAUGAGGACAGCGACGGGAGACAGCAUGCUUAUGAGGAGAUGUUCGCUCAAUGGGAGUAUAUGGCUAAACAAAUCAAAGGUCUCACUAGUGCCAAACAACAACUUGAAUCCGAGACGGAUAAGUUGGAGGACACUGUUAAAAAGCUCACAAAACAGCUUGAUGAGAAGGACAGUGAGAUAUACAAACUGACUGCAGAGUUAAUAAGGGCUAGACAAUCUCUUGAGUUUAUCCCUCCAGGAACUGCUGUAAUUAACCACACCUUGCAGUUACAGAAACCUUAUGGAGAUCGAACAUCCAUUGGGUACAAAAUGCUUUACAAGAAAGGGGAGAAUUUAGGAAUUAAUGAUCCCUCUUCGUCCAAGAACAAGGACGAUAAGACUCCUGAUGACUCUAUGCACAAUAUUUUCAGUCCUGGUUUUCUAGAUUCCACUAAACGGAUCAGUGUCUCAUCUGGACCCAUCAAGUUAAAUUUCGAAGGAAGGAAGCCUAUCCUGGAUGGUCAGAUUCAUAAAGAAAGAUUUGUUCCCAUUUGUCAUUUUUGUAACAAAAGAGGACAUAUUAAACCCAGAUGCUACAAGUUGCAGGCAUAUUUGAAAGCUAUGAUCGAUCGUCCGAAUAGCUUUCCACAAUUUAAUCGAUUUACGGGAAAGUUGUCAUCUAGUGAGUGGAAACCAAAAUCUGAUCUUAACAAGAGUGUUGCAUUAGUUGCCCACACCUCUCUUUCAGCUUUUCAAGAAGACCAAUGGUACUUCGACAGUGGAUGUUCUUACCAUAUGACUGGAAACAGAAAUGUGUUGGUAAACUAUAAAGAAGGAAAGGAGGGAGCUAUGACUUUUGGUGAUGGGAACAAGGGUCAGAUAUUUGGAAAAGAUGAUCUGGUGCUAAAUGGAGUAGCUCCAUUGACUGAGGUGUUGUACGUCAAAGGUCUCAAGGAAAAUCUUAUUAGCAUCAGCCAACUCUGUGACAAUGACUUCACUGUAAGUUUCUCUAAAACUCACUAUUUUGUUGCAACUAAUGGGUGCUCAGUCUUGACAGGUAAUAGAACCAGUGACAACUGCUAUGCACUAAGCAAUCAAGUCUUAUGCAACAGAUCUUUUCUUGAUAAGCCAGACCUGUGGCACUAUAGACUGGGGCACUUGAACUUUAGAGACUUGAAGAGAAUUGUGAAACUACAAGCUGUUCGAGGGAUCCCAGAGAUGAAAAUCACUAGAGAUAGGCUGUGUGCACCUUGCCAACUGGGGAAAUAG